AUGGCUACCACACUUCCAUUCUUGAAUAAAGUUGUCAGUACUCCCAAGACCAUUUCGAGUGUCUGUGUAUUUUGUGGUUCUUCCAAUGGUGCCAGCCCUGCCUAUGCCGAACAAGCAACAGGCGGUGGAUCGGUGGGCUUGAUGGGAGCUGUGGCCAAAGCUGUCAUUGAAGGUGGAGGAAAAGCCAAAGCGGUGGUGCCUGAACCUCUUUUCCGUUGUGGUAGCAAGCAGAUUGCCGAAGUGAUUGUGGUGCCCGAUAUGCAUACCCGCAAAAAGACAAUGGGCGACGAGUGUGACGCAUUUGUUGUCUUGCCUGGCGGUUUUGGUACUAUGGAAGAAAUGAUGGAAAUGGUCACUUGGUCUCAGUUGAAUAUUCACUCCAAGCCCAUCAUUAUAUUGAACACCAAUGGAUUUUAUGAUGUCUUUAUUCAAUGGAUUGAUUUCGCGGUCAAAGAAAAAUUCGUGCAUGCAGGCAGUGUAAAUAUCUUCAAGGUGUGCAACACCGUAGAGGAAGUCUUGGAGGCAUUGAACAACUACCAAGCCCCAGAUUGUAGAUUUGGUCUGGACUGGGUUCAGACCCCCGCUGGCAGCGGACGAGAUAUGACAUAA